AAUAACGAUCGGCACAAGCAGUGACGCUUUCUUCUGGUUUCUUCUACUAUGUUGUAUUUGUGAAAAAUUAGCAAAGUAUGUAUGUUUAUAGCUACAAAUUUGGACUCAUUAGAUGAAUAUGUCUUCAUAGUGCCCGCUGUAGCAUCUUAAUUUGCUAUUUUAUGGACAAUUUGUGUCGUGCUGACGUUUCGCUCCAUGGUAACUUUGUUUUGUGGACAUGCCAGGUCAACUCGGAAGAGCUAAGUUGGAAGGCACAAACCAGAUACACACAGAAGCAACUUCUUCUGAGCAUCCUGUCCUCUAUGCUAUUAUGAUUCACCUGUGACAACCUGAAGCUGUAAUGAAAUCCAGUGAACCUGUGUUGACAAGGCAGAAUCCUUUUCAACCAGCAUCCAGAUUGGGAAGGACACACUACCACCCAUCCCGCAACCAGCCCCUGUCAAAUAAAAAGAAAAAAACUACUUUGAGUCCUGUACGUCUGAACAAGCGAUCCAAUUCACACACUCUGAUCCCAGAGAGCCAACAACUGUUUGAGCAUCGUGACCAACACUUUACUGCCACAGAUGGACAACCUGUUUUUACAGAGUCCUGGCCCUCCACCGACUGUGGAUCUUCUCCUAUCAGCAGUGCAACCUCAUCUGACAUGGAGACACCCAAACAGUGUGCGAAAGCAGGCAAAUCCACAGUUUCAUCAGAGCGAGGAGUUCAGCAGGAAUCAGUGAUGGCAAAGUACAUAGAACGCUUUCGUCAUGGUCGACCGCAGAGUCGAGAGGAGCGCCAGCAGAUGCCUUCUGCCACUGGAGAGAAGCAAGUGCCUUUUUGGUGGAUGUCACCCCCAUCUUUCCCCUUUAGUUCAACACCAACUAAAGCAACAGACGAAGACCAUGGACCUGAGAUUUUCAAUCCAGCUGGGCAGCGUCAGCAUGACAGAUCCCUUUCCCCAUGCAGUGUUUUGUCAGACACAUAUCAGGGUGAAUUAGAUGACACAGAGAUACUACACCUUCAAGAAAAGGCCAGCAGACUUCUGCUGAGAGGUGAAUGUACUCUGAGUGAUGGAUCUGUCCCUGUCAGCUCAGAGGGCCUGGCAUGCUCAGAUUUCUCUUCUCCAGUUAGUGUAGAUGAGCCAGUGCGGAGACCUUUGAUUCCCAGUUUAAUCAAAUCUACUGCGAAGGCCAGUUCAGACUCAGUUCCAGCUGUGUCCUCCCAAAAAUCCGCUGUCAUUCCUUCUCUGGUGAUCCCCGCACGCCGGGAAGAUGACAUCUUGUUCCAGUGGCGUUUAAGGAGAAAGAUUGAGCAGGCCAGGGAGUGGCCUCCGUCCCUGCAAAACUCAAGUCUUCAUGGUCCUACAUUUAGCUGGCAAGCUCCCAAUUUAAGCCAUCCCUCAGCCAGUGGACAGGCUUACAAGCAACACCAGAGUACCCAACCUCCUGAAUUGUCACACAAAGCUACACAUCCUCACAUCACUACUCCCCAGCCACAAACUGAAAACGGCAAUGGAUCAUGUCCCCCAGCUUCAGGUCCACCUCACUUCCCUGCCUUUGCCCUCUCUGGCCCUUCAGGCUCUCAACCACAGACUGUUGCCCACGUUCCUGCCCACAUGCAUUUACUCUGUGAUGUCUUGCCCUGUCCCAUCAAAACAAACAUUUCAGACAGUAUGGCUGAGUCUCAGACCAAAGUUGUCCGUAAAAAGACCCAAGUCCCUGGACACUCAACGAACACCUUCACUGAUGAGCCUGUUCGUGAGCAUGUGCCAUCCCCACCACCUGCUUCAUCUGGAGCUAUACAAGGAGAGCAGCCUAAUCACGACACAAAAUCUGUGAGAAACAAGACCGAGAAAGCCCAGCCAAGACAGUCAAAGAAGAAUGAGAAAAAGACAGUGACGUCCAACACAAAGCAGAAGACAACAAGAUAUAUUGUGAAUGUGGAACAUGCUGAUGGUCCUGGCUCUACAAACAGGAGGUCUUCACAUCAAAGAGUUUCUGAAAAGGUCAGGCCGAGGGCAGAACAACAGCAACAGGAGGGAAGCCAGGGGUUUUCCAGGGAGAGCUGCACUGGUGAUAAUGCGCCACCCCCUUCUCCAAUCCACACUGCUUUAGGACAGGUAGUUUCAGAGGUAUUGUUCCCCACGCUGGUGUCAUCUCCUGCACAGAGGACCCCUGACUCAUCAGUUUCUCCUCCUUGCACUUCCCCUGCACCUCCACAGUCCUCAGUUCCUCCAUGCAAAGCACAGAACUCUAUAGAGGUCAUUUCACAGCUGCUGCAAGAAGCUGAAGAUUCAGAUGAAAAAGAGUUUGAAGAUGACCCUUUAUUACAAGUCCUCCGCAAGCAGAGAAAAUGGGUGAAGGAGCAGAUCAGUGAAGUGGACUCUAUGUUGAAUGGAUUCCUGGAGGAGCGACAAGUUACUUGAACACUGAGAAGACACACUUGAUGUUUUGUUUUGUUUUUUAUAAAGAAAUAAAGUUUAUUUUUUCAUUUUUGAAGAAACAUUUCCA